AUUCCGUAUUAUUACCGUUGCUGUUGUCACUCACCAAAUCACCAAAUCACCAAACGAACCGUUCACGGUCCAUCUGAUCCAAAUUCAGGAUUGAAACUCGAAACAUCUUUCUUUUAAACAAUAUACAACAUAUUCUCUCUACAACAUGUUUAUACGGGUAAUUCGGUAAUAAUUGCUUUUACAUAAUGGCUCUCUUUGCUCUUCAAACAACUAGUCGAGGGGUAUUGCGACGUUCACACUUUCCUGCCCAUCGGAAACAAACAAACUUCACUACGAAAAGACACACCUCCAAUAAUUCCACUCAUUCACCUCGUUCGAGCCCCUUGCCAGACAACUCCGCCAAUGGCAUUGCGAUUCCGAUUCCUGCGACUAUUGCGACUCUGCCAUUAUGGCAACGGCUCGGUCCUUUGACUCGAUCCUUUCAGGCGUACGGUCGAUCGCAACGGAAACGUCCUUAUACUACACAAUUCUGUAGCUCAUUGGUGAUAUAUUUUCUGGGAGAUCUGUCAGCGCAAAGUAUCUGCGGGGAUGAUUAUGAUUGGAAGCGUACCUUGAGAGCAUUGGUUAUCAGCAUGGGGAGUAGUAUUCCAUCUUAUAAGUGGUUCGGCCCCCUAUCACUACUCCAUCGUCCAUGGAGACGGAAUGCGGAAAUAGGCUAACAAAGUAAAGGUUCAUGUUUCUCUCCAGAAACUUCAACUACUCUUCGAAAGCCGGUUCUCUCGCAACGAAAGUCGGCGUCAAUCAAAUGUUCUUCACCCCUAUCUUCAACACAUAUUUCUUCGGCAUGCAAUCAUUACUUUCAGGAGACAGCAUACGGGACGUUGUCGAGCGUGUUAAGAGAACGGUCCCGACUAGUAUGAUGAAUAGUAUUAAACUCUGGCCCGCGGUCACAGCAAUCAGUUUUGCAUGGGUACCACAAGAGUAUAGAAGUAUUUUCGCGGGAGUCAUCGCAAUUGGGUGGCAGACAUAUUUGAGUUUCUUGAAUACAAGAGUGGAGGGUGAAAUGGCCGGAAACGUCGAAAAUACAGAAAAAGAAAUCAUUAUAGCUCCCAUCGCGAAAGUGUCGAAAGAAGUUGCCGUCAUGAAAGAGCGUACCAGUGAGGCUCAAAAGCAGAGAGCCUAGGCUUAGUCAGAGCGAGUAUAUGUUGUAUUUUUGGGGUGUAAUUUAUGGGGCAUUAGAUGGGCAAGGCAUAGACAUUAUAUUAGAAAUUUAGAAUCAGCGGGUCUGAUGGUCAGUGGCGUAACGGGCAUUGGAAAUAGAUAUAGAAGGCACGGCGUUUAUAGAAGAGAGGGAGUAUGGUCCCCAGCGAGGCCUUUUACGCAAUGGAUUUACAUCCAUCUAGAAAAUGAUAGUUUCAUUUCUCCGCGUCCAUAUUUUACAAGUUGAAUAUCUAGGUAGUAUGGUAGCCAAUUUUUGCUCUUCACCAUGGUUGGACGCUCAUUCAGAACUCAACAAGUUAUCCACCGAAAGUUCCAAAUCGGUCCCUGGCAAC